AUGGCAGACGACGAAGUAUCAAACAACGGUGAAAAGGAGAUUCAAAUAGAACAAUCAAUCUUGACCGACGAAGAGGUAGACAAAAUGAAAGUUUCCCAACUUAAGACGGAGCUUCGAAGACGACAGCUCAAAACAACGGGACUAAAAAAGGGUUUGGUUGCUCGACUAAAAGCUGCGUUAAUUAUUGAACGCGAUCGGGAUGACUCAGAAGACGACGAAGAAGUCGAAGACGAAGACGAUAAUGAAAACGAAGACGAUCAAGAAAACGAAGACAAUGAAGACGAUGAAGACGAAACCGUUCCAGCGUCCAGAGCACCAGCAUCUGGCACGCGACGCCGAAGACGUGAGCCUGUACCGCAACCACAACUAACAUUCAGGGAUGUGGAGGAAUCUCUUGAAAAAUUUAGCGGAGAUGAUUACAUAAAUGUCAAUCAAUGGAUUCAAGACUUUGAAGAAACGGCAGACCUAUGCGCGUGGUCCGACGUUCAGAAGGUAACAUACGCAAAGAGAUUGUUAAAGGGGUCAGCAAAAUUAUUCGUAAACCAUGAAAAGUGUGCAAAGAAUUGGGAAAAGUUGAAGAAAGCGUUAAAGGGAGAAUUCGAUGAAGUCGUAGAUAGUUACCACAUACAUCAGGAAUUGUCCCAGCGGAAAAAGAGAACAGAUGAAACUCACCAACAAUAUGUGUACAGAAUGUUGGAAAUCGCGAGUCAAGCGAUGGUGGAUACGCAGUCUGUAAUACAAUAUAUAAUUCAGGGAAUACCGGAUGAGGCCGCAAAUAAAACCUUACUGUAUGGCGCGAAGAACAUACGACAAUUAAAGGAGAAGCUGACGCAAUACGAGGCAUUAAAGCGGGACAUGAAGAGUAGAAGUAAAGCACCGGACAAGAAGGACGACGGUGGUAGACGCCACAACGCCAGGGACGUAGGGAAAAGAUACACCGAGGGAAGUUCAGCGGUCAAGGUGAAAAGAUGUUAUAACUGUGGUGAAAAAGACCAUUUAAGUGCCGAGUGUCCAACGAAAGAAAAGGGUGUAAAGUGCUUUAAAUGCAACGGGUUCGGGCACGUUGCCGCAAAGUGCGCGGGCAAGAAUAAGGAAGCUUUUGUUGUAUCAAGGCUAAACAAGCAAAAGUACGUGAAAGAAGUUGUAGUAGAGGACCGUAAGUUUGUAGCUUUAGUGGAUACAGGUAGCGAUUUAACUUUCAUGCGAUCUGAUGAAUAUGAAAAAAUAGGAUCUCCUGUUUUGGGAAAGCGUAAACUUAAGUUUGAAGGUCUCGGAUCCACUGGCAACGUAACACUGGGUGAGUUUACAAAAAGUAUGAAUGUUGACGGUGAUGAAUUUUUAGUAACGUUUCAUGUAGUACCGACGGAAAUACUUAAGCACGGAUUGUUGUUAGGAACCGAUUUUUUAGAUAAAGUUGAAUUGCGUGUGCGACAGGGAAUUGUAUCCUUUUUAAAGCUCGACGAUGCAAAAUCGGAAAGUUAUCCAGAAAUUUUUGCCAUAAAUACUAUCUCUGAAGCUAAUGAAAUCGAACUAUCCUAUAUUAAUGAUAAAUGUUACCGUGAUGAAGUAAAGAAAAUGAUAACCGAUUAUAAGCCGGAAAAAACGCGCGACGUCGGAAUUAAAACAAAAAUUAUAUUGAGUAGCGAGGUACCGGUGGGAUCAAGGCCGCGAAGACUGUCAGCAGAAGAAAAACAAGAAGUAGACGAAUUAACAAGCGUGUGGCUUGACGAAGGUGAUGACAACAACAUUAAGGAACUGAUAGAACAAGAAUGGACAACCAUAUUCGAGGAGGACAGGGAUGAAUUAAGAGUGGAAGCGAAAAAUACCAUAGCGAAAAUUCAGGACUCUAACAAGCGUGGCUAUGACAAAAAACGAAAGAUGCCAAAUCGAUACAGCGAGGGCGAGUGGGUGGCCAUCAAAAGAACCCAACUAGGAAGACCUAUGACGGCGACGAAGAAAAGAUACCAACAUGUGCUAGUGGUGGUCGACGCUUUUACUAAGUUUGUUUGGUUGUACCCAACAAAGUCUACUGAUGCCGCUGAAGUUAUUGACCGUUUAACGAAGCAAUCCUUCGUUUUUGGAAACCCUCGACGAAUAGUGUCAGAUCGGGGAACUGCAUUCACUUCACAGGCUUUUAAGGACUAUUGUAAGACAGAAAAGAUCGAACACACGAUGAUUGUGACGGGUGUUCCAAGGGGUAACGGGCAGGUAGAGAGAGUAAAUCGGACUCUACUUCCUCUUCUUGCCAAAUUAACCUCUCCGAUCCCCGAGAAUUGGUACAAAUACAUCGAGGCGGCACAGAGAUAUUUAAAUGCUACCCUAAACCGAGGUACAGCCAUAUUUGAGGAGGAUAGGGAUGAAUUAAGAGCGGAAGCGAAAAAUACCAUAGCAAAAAUUCAGGACUCUAACAAGCGUGGCUAUGACAAAAAACGAAAGAUGCCAAAUCGAUAUAGCGAGGGCGAGUGGGUGGCCAUCAAGAGAACCCAACUAGGAAGUGGUUCAAAGCUAAAGGCGAAAUAUUUAGGACCAUACAAAAUAAGCAGGGCUGCAGGAGAUGAAACCGAAUUUGACAAGGCCGACGAGACCGAAUACAUCUGA